UUCGCUGGUUCCCGCGCUCCGAGCCCAACAUCGUACCUGCAAGCCACUCCUCUUGUUCCAGGUGAAUAUGGACCCUGGGUACCCGCUCAGAGCCAGAAGCAGUUCGUGGAUCAUUCCCACGGCGGAGUCCCUAGAUACGUCGCUCCCUCCUUCAGGUGCCCCUCCAGGCGACCACGCAGGCAAGUGCUCCCUUUCGACACGCGCACUGGCCCCGGGCUCAGGCGAUUCGUCCUGAACCCGCCCGGGCAACUGCCGCCAGAGGAGCGGACGGGAAGCCGGGAAGAGACCAGCGCGCCGCGUCCCGGAAGUGUACCGAGCUCGGCUGGGCUCACCCCUAGCUUCAGUUCUGGCGCCUCAGAGAUGGAGUUUUGGUAGCUGUCCUCGCGCAUGCGCCUUCGGUGCCCCGAGUCGCCGGCUCGGACUUCCGGUUUGGGAGCUGAACUGGGCGACUGGGGAACCCUGGCUGGGCCCUUCCCGGAGUGGGUGAGGCUGGCUUAGGGGCAGAGAUGCAAGUGGGUUCGGGGACAACUGGAGCGGGAGACGCUCCUAGGGUGGGACCGGAGGGUUCCCUCAGGGUGGUUUAGCCGGGUCAGAAGCCUCUGGAGGGAUUGCACUGUAUCUCUGAGUGACCCGGCCAGAAGGAGCCAAGACAAAGAGGCCGGAACACCGCACCCGCCGCUUCUUGAGCAGAGCUCCGAGCCCACGAACUCCUAGCACUUGGAAUCCCUAACCAGCACCCGAGCUCGUUCUCAGGAAACCCAUUAUUACUGCCCCUGGGACUUCCUCUCUUCACCGUUUCAGUGUGACUCUCCCCAAGUCUACCGGUUCUUGCUUCCGCAGCCAAAACCAAAUUUAGAGUGCGAGGUUUCACGUCAGUAGCUUCCGAACCCUUGCUGAGCGGUUACUUCUGCUGUGAAGGAAAACAAAGACUUGAUAUUCCGUACUUGAUUUUUCUGUGGACUGAAAAUUGAUAGUUUGGAACCCGAGGGGGCGGGGCGGGGCGGACGCAGAGGGCCUCGGGAAAGACCGCGGAGGUACUAGGGGAGAAUCAGCCGCGACCCCCAGACAGAGGCGUUGUGUUGCCUUCCACAGGAUGGUGACUUGUCUUUAGAGCCUCUUGACCUCCCUUAUGGCUCGAACUCACCGUACCACAUCGUUCCGAGGAGUUAAAUGAGGUCAGAUUCGGGGGAAGUGGGAGAGGAGCAGACAGUACUAUUUUCUGCAGCUUCUUGGUGCUGCCUUGUAAGUCGACAAGAAUGCAACUUUUUAAAGGUCAUUCUCCUUUUUGCUCAUUAUUGACCUGCUGCCCUGAAGAUAGUGCCAAUUCAAAUGGCCACUUGGAGCAUGUAAUAAAUGAGGCCAGUUCUGACAAGACUGUAAACAUGUGAAUAUAUUCCUCUGAUAGUGCCAUCUCUCUCUACUCUAGGAAGAAACUCCUUUUACAGAGAGACUAAUCUUCAUUUAAUUCUCCAAGGACAUGGAAAUAUGGUGUAAUCCCUGGAACUUUGACUCCUAAUUGGAAGGAAUCUCCUUUCUGCUGUGAAUGAUGGCCAAACCCACUCUGAGAGGGAAUGGCGCUAACUCUGAAACCUUGCGACUGCGUUUCAGGAAAUUCCAUUACCAGGAGGUGGCUGGGCCCCGGGAGGCUUUCAGCCAACUCUGGGAACUUUGUUGCCGAUGGCUAAGGCCAGAAGUGCGUACCAAGGAACAGAUUGUAGAAUUGUUGGUGCUAGAGCAGUUCCUGACUGUCUUACCUGGAGAGAUCCAGAAUUGGGUACAGGGACAAUGUCCAGAAAGUGGAGAGGAGGCAGUGACACUGGUGGAAGAUUUAGAAAGAAAGCUUGGAAGACCUGGACGUUCGGUCACAGUCUCUGUGAAGGGGCAGGAAGUGCGAUCAGAGAAGAUGACACCCCUGAAAUCAUCACGAAAGUUAUUAAAUGUUCAGCAGGAGUCGAUGGAACCGCAGUCCAGGGGUGUACCCAAGAAAAAGAGGGCAAGAAGUCCAGACCUGGGACCACAGGAGCAGAUGAACCCAAAGGAGAAGCUGAGGCCUUUUCAAAGGAGCGGAUUUCCAUUUCCUAAAUCCGGUGUGGUCUCCAGGUUGGAGAACAGACAGCCAUGGAUCCCAGAUCUGCUGGGCUCCAAGGAGAAAGAAGUUCCAAAAGGCAGCCACAUAGGUGAUAGACAAGUGCAUGCUGAUCUGCUGCCAUCCAAGAGAGAAAGAAGUUGGGUAGAAAAGGAUCACUGGAGCUUUGAGGAUGAGAAGGUGGCAGGUGUACACUGGGGCUAUGAAGAGACUAGAACUCUCCUUGCAAUUCUUAGCCAGACUGAAUUUUAUGAGACUCUCCGAAACUGUCAUCGAAACAGCCAAGUAUACGGGGCUGUGGCUGAGAGGCUCCGGGAAUAUGGUUUCCUCCGGACGCUGGAACAGUGUCGGACAAAGUUCAAAGGUCUUCAGAAGAGCUAUAGGAAAGUCAAGAGUGGCCACCCACCUGAGUCCUGCCCCUUCUUUGAAGAAAUGGAGGCACUGAUGAGUGCUCAGGUCAUUGCUUUGCCUAGUAAUGACCUAGAAGAGGCAGCCUCUCAUUCUGGCCAGGUGAGUAGUGAUGUUGAGACUGAGGAACCAGAGCAGGAGGCCUGGCAGCAUGAGGAGGGAACAGAAACAGCUUUCACUGAGGCUUCUGACAGUGAUGAAAUGGACCUGGAGGCCACCCACCAGGACCCUGACAACUCAACUGCACCUGUCCUGUUCCGAAGCCCAAGUGGUGUACACUGGGGCUAUGAAGAGACCAAGACUUACCUUGCAAUUCUUAGUGAGACUCAGUUUUAUGAAGCCCUCCGUAACUGUCACCGCAACAGCCAGUUAUAUGGAGCAGUGGCUGAAAGGUUAUGGGAAUAUGGCUUCCUCAGGACCCCAGAGCAGUGUCGGACGAAGUUUAAAAGCCUACAAACCAGCUAUCGGAAAGUCAAGAAUGGCCAAGCACCAGAGACCUGUCCAUUCUAUGAAGAGAUGGAUGCUUUGGUGAGUGCUCAGGUUGUUGUUCCAUCUAGUGAUGGUCAGGAAGAAGAGACAGCUUCUUGCCCCAUCCAGGGAAACAGUGAGGAAGAAGCUGAGAAACAAGCCGAGGAUAUAGAAGAGGCCACAGAAGAAGAUUCUGAUGAUGAAGAAGAGGAUACUGAGAUACCCCCAGGGGCUAUUGUAAACCGUGCUCCAGUCUUAUUCCAGAGCCCCAGUGGUUUUGAGGCUGGAUUUGAGAACGAAGAGAGUUCGAAACGGGAUAUUUCUGAGGAAGUACAACUGCAUAGGACAUUACUUGCUAGGUCUGAAAGAAGAAUUCCUCGUCAUCUUAAACAAGGUAAAGGCAGUGAGAGUGAAUGUAAAUCAGGAAAACAGUGGGAAAAGACCCUAGAGGAGAGGAGAAGAAAACUGACGGUCUCAGAGAAGAGUUUAGGUAAAGUCAUGAGUCAUCAAAGACCUUGCUUGGGAGAGAAACCCUAUAAAUAUCUCAGAUAUGGCAAAAGCUUUGGCUCAAACUCCCAUCUCACACAUCAGAUAUCCCCCCAGGGAGAAAAUCCAUAUAAAUGUACUGAUUGUGGAAGCUUCAGUCGGAGUGCCCGCCUCAUCAGACACAGGAGAAUCCACACUGGAGAGAAACCUUAUAAGUGUCUUGACUGUGGGAAAAGUUUCCGUGACAGUUCAAAUUUCAUCACCCAUAGGAGAAUCCACACAGGGGAAAAACCUUAUCAAUGUGGUGAGUGUGGAAAACGCUUCAAUCAGAGCUCAAGCCUUAUAAUUCACCAGAGAACCCACACAGGAGAAAAGCCCUAUCAAUGUGAAGAGUGUGGAAAAAGCUUCAAUAACAGUUCUCAUUUCAGUGCACAUCGGAGGAUACACACAGGAGAGAGACCCCAUAUGUGUCCUGACUGUGGAAAGAGUUUCAGUAAGAGUUCUGACUUACGAGCACAUCAUAGAACCCACACAGGAGAGAAACCCUAUGGAUGUCAUGAUUGUGGCAAGUGCUUCAGUAAAAGUUCUGCCCUUAAUAAACACCGAGAAAUCCAUACACGAGAAAAGCUUUUGUCACAAUCAGCACCUAAGUAAGCCUCUAAGGAUAAAUAAAGGAAAGAGCCUCAGUAAAUGUGUUGUUUGGAAAGUCUUCCAAUAGCAAGAUCCAUAUCCUGUUCUGUGCUCAACUGGCUUAGGAAGUAGUCCUUAGGGUUUAUAUCAUUGUUUGUUCCUUAAGCUUCUGCAUCUAUAGCCGAAUUUCCAAUGCAGUCAUUUUAACAGUGAAAGAUUUCAGUCCUUCACCUUGCCUCUAUCUGGAACACAUCUUUCCCUCUCAUUGCCUAUGUUGUUCCCUUAAUAGAGAUGACAUGGCAGUAGAUCUUAGGAAUUUGAUAUGCAUCCUUUUUUGACUCAUCCUGUUAUUCAGUUGCAUUUUAAUUGAACAAAAACCCACCACAGCAGCAUUUCAGGGAGAAGCCAUGAGAAAUUGGGUCUAGCUCUUCUUUAUGUAGUAAUGAAAAUGCUAAAAAGAAUCCUGCUUACUUCAGCCUGUGCUUAGAAUGACAUAUUUGUCAGGCAUAUUCUUCCUUUAUCUUGGAGAAUUUAAUGUCCAUCUUGGUUCUGUCCUGUGAAUCUUCUUGUCAAAGGCAAGGUGUUCUGACUUAGGGAAACAAUGUAAACCUACUAUAAAUACUGGAUUUCUUAGUUUCUUCCAAGUCCUUGUAGGGUCAGAAUAGAAUAACAAUUCACAUAAAGUAUCCAAUUUGACUUUUUUUCUGUCCCAUCAUGAGAAUUUCAUCUGUCCCUUGUAGUCUAGAAGCCCAAAGAAUAAGCCAUCAGAAUGUGAUAGGAAAAGCAGUUAAAGCUGCCAAUAAGGAAUCAUCCAUUUUCCCUACAUUCCAAACAUCUAAUAUAGUGUUAGGCACCCUGUAGGUGCUCACUAUAAACCUGGAGCAAGUAGAAGCUACUGCUGUGGUCCCAUGUACCACUUUGUGUCAGUAACCCUUUACCCUCAUGGCAGGGAAGAUGGGACUAUCUGUGGUCAAUGGAGCUACCAAUCUAUACACACACAUUCAGCUGUAUACAAUUAAAAGCAGCUCUUCCAACAAGUGUAAUUACUGAUCUUUAUAAUCAAAUAGCAUUGAAUUUAUUGUCCCUAUGUUCAUAGUGGUAUGAAUAAGCCCUGUAUAGCACAAGUUAAACAGACCCCAUCCUUAUCCUCACAACUGAAAACAGAUAACACUCACAUGAACAAAUAAGUGCAGUCAAGAGAAAUGAAGAAAGCUAGGUAGUAACACUGUGCAUAAAUGAUAAGGUCCAAUGCACUAGAGUUUGCUGUAAGAAAAAUCUGGGAAGUAUUUUCUUCAAGAAGCAGGAAGUAUUCAAAGGAGGAAAGGAUAACUGGGUAAAUUAGGGUGGUAUGAUCAGUGGGAAAAUGGUGGAGCACAGGACAAAGGACAGAACAUAAGGAAGGUUAGAUAAAGCUUGGAGCAGCAAAAGCUUUACAGAUAGUAUGACAUGGCUCUGCAGCAGGCAGAGAAUUAUCCUGGCUGAAACAUGGGAGUGCCAGAGGCAGACCAUGAGGUGGUCCACUCAUCAUGUGUAACAAACCAAACCAGGUACUCUGCUGUAAUUUUUUUUUUUUGGGGGGGGGCAGGUCGCAGUUUACCGGUGAUUGAACCCAGGGGCACUUAGCCACUGAGCCACAUUCCCAGCCCUUUUUUUUUUUUUUUUUUUGAGACAAGGUCUUGUUGUUUAGGGUCUAAGUUGCUGGGAUUAUAGGCAUAUGUCACCAUGCCUGGCUGCUGUAAUUAUUGAUAAGGAAACAGCUGACUGGUACUGGGGGAGAAUGAAAACUUUUAGGGGACUAAGUUGCUAUGGGAGACACAAAUCAGAAACCAGUAUCUGGGGCUGAGGUUGUGGCUCAGUGGUAGCGUGCUCACUUAGCAUGCAUGAGGCCCUGGUUUUGAUCCUCAGCACCACAUAAAAAUAAAGAUAUUGUGUCCACCUACAACUAAAAAUAGGUAUUAACGAAAAAGAAAAGAAACCAGUAUCUGUUGAAGACGCUUUGAUGAGCAGGUCAGAGGAAAGAUGGCAAGACCUGGGUUAAAUAACUAUUUCACAUUCAUAUUUAAUUAGAACCCUUUAGCUGGACUAAUAUCCAGUCUGGGAUAUCACUACUACUGGGAGAGCAGUAGGGAGCAGAAUAUCCUGUAAUUCAUACCUUACUGUGUUAGAGUUUAUAAUUAGGGUUCUAUUGUUGAAGAACCCUAAUACAAAGAGUAGCCUAACAUUCAUUGCCAAUUAAAACAGAAAAGAACAAGAAACACCAAUCUAAAGGAGUGUGUAAGGAUCUGAGAUGGUUUAAGAAGUGCUAUAAUGUCAAGAAAAGACAUUUUUCUUUAGUACAUGUAUUGUCUUGUAGAAAAAGCAUUGGUUUGGGUAUCAAUAGAUAUUCAUUCUGGUUCUAGAUGUCUUGUGUGUAAGUUCCCUUUCUGUAAAGCAGAACAAUGUUUACACCUAAUCUGCCUCUCAGGGAUACCACAUGUCAAUAAAAAUUAUGUCCACUGAGUGUCUGUUAUAUAUGCAAAUUAUUAUGAUCAAGUUGUUCAUGGUAGGAAAAGAUGAAUUUCUCCCUGUUCUAUACCUGUAUAAAGUAUGCCUGUCUGACUCUCUAAUGUUCUUGGCAGAGGAAAAAAAUUACAAUGUAGUAAAAAAAUUUAGAACAAAAAUAUUUCCUAUCUGAAUCCAUAUCCAAAAUCCAUUAGAACCCAUGCUGGCAUAGGGAAUGAGUCUUACAUUAAAACACCAACCUUCCAAUUUCCAAGAGAUUGUACCAAAAAAAUUGGCCAUGAGGGCUGGGAUUGUGGCUCAGUGGUAAAGCAUGUGUGAGGCACUGGGUUCUAUUCUCAGCACCACAUAUAAAUAAAUAAACAAAAUAAAGGUCCAUCAACAUCUAAAAGAAAAUUAAAAAAAAAAUUGAGCAUGAGCAUACUCUACUAUCUCACCAGGUGAAGACUUAAUUCAUAUGAAACUAGCUCACAAAACAUUAGACACCACCCAAUCUACCAUUCCUGAGGAUGGAAAGAAGCAAGAAAUAAUAAUCUUCAAAUAUUCUAAGAAAGAGAAACUAAAGCCACUAUUGGGGGAGCGAGAAGACCUAAGCAUCUCUAAUUUUUUAAUAUCCGUAAAGCCUUUGUAGGACCAAGGAUGACAUGCAGAAAGGAAGGGAAAAAAAAUAAAUAAAUGUCCUAGUAGUUGUCAUUUAUUUUUAUCAGGUAUUUCCUUAGUGGUUUUAUUUCUUUUCAUAUUUUCCAUACUCAUUCAUUUUUCCUUUGAUUGCUUGACCUCUAUGGCCAAUGCCAUAGAAUUUAACACUUACAUGUAUUCUGUGCUGUUGCCAUUUCUCAUUUAUUAUAAUCCAAGUUAGAAGCUGAGUCUUGUCAACUUUGUUUAGCACUGUUUUUAUGGUGACCAGGUAGGGAAAGGAGAUGAGGUAAGAGUAUAAAGCUGAAUCAGUUCUCUCAUUUUUCAAUUCAAAAUCUAAAAUGAAAACUACUCAAAUAGCUGUGUAAUGACAUGCACGUCUCAAAGUUUUGGCAUAUAAAAUGUUAUGUGGAGUAUUCUCUGAAACAAUGAUGCUAUAAGUAAUAUGUUUUAUUUUAUAUACAAUACAUAUAAGUUUAUUAACUUAUUCAUUAUAAUUUAUAAUAAAUUUUAGAAGCUUAAAUUCCACUUUUUCUACUAUAGCCACCAUGGAGUUCUUUCAGAAACAAAACUUUCAAACAAACUGGAUUAGGUUGAACAUUAGAAAUAGAAGCCCAAAGUAUCCUAAAAACAUUUUGUUGUUAUCUUCCUUAAACACAGUACAGAAGCCAAAGGACAUCUGUCUCAUUCUACACAGUGAGAUAUAUAUUCCAAUAACUUUAUGCUGAGUGUCACCAAGCACCUGAAUAUUUCUUUGAGCUCACAAAUCUCUACUUGCCCAAAGUUGGCAUUUGAGAAUUUUUAACAGACAAGGAAGUAACAUUUGAAGAGACAAGGAUGAAGUUCUAAUAAGCGUAGUGGUCUUGAUGUAGAACUAGUAUAGAUAAAAUUA